UUAUGAGCGUAUGAGAAGAGGCACAUCGGAUGGUGACACGUGUUAUAAAAUAAGAAGUGUGGAUCGGACAAUAUCGUAACAGUUGCUGUCGUGCGCAGGCAGAAGUGACAGGUGGAGUCGUUUUUGCGGGCAAGCAACAUGGGCUAUGAUAUAGAGCGCUUUGUUGGCUAUGUGAAUGAGGGACUUCUGUGCUGCAUUUGUCAAGAUGUGCUGGAAAACCCAGUUCAGGCACCUUGUGAACAUGCCUUCUGCAGCACCUGCAUCCACGGCUGGUUGGUGCAUCACCAUAACUGUCCUGAAGACAGACAAUCACUUGAUGUUUCAGCAUUGCAGCCUUUAUUCAGGUAUAUGAAGAAUGACUUGAAUCAACUGCAGAUCCGAUGCAGAAACAGAGAACAUGGCUGUAAUAUGGCUUGUUCACUUGACUCUAUAGAUCUGCAUGAGCGGGAGUGUGAAUAUAGAUGGAUUCCAUGCAUCAAUGCCCGAGCCACUGCAGUAAUGGAGUACGAAGAGGAACAGGAGCAGGAGGUAUAUAACCCAGAGGAGAAUCUACUUGAAUAA